CUCCCAUUGUUGUUGACCCACCCCACACCUCGCAUCCAACACCCCGUCGAGUCUGCCCCUGGUGCAGACACGGCCUCACAAUCAUUCACCAUGGCCCCCGCAGCCGUGUCGGGGGCCGACCCCGGCGACGAUGACUCUCUCACGAGACAGGUCAAGCUCGCAGCCCGCGCUGCCCGGUUCAAUCAGCAACUCGAAGGCAACCGGUACAAGGAGCUCGAAGAAGCUCGCGUUAGAGAGCGCGAGGCCUUCAUCCAACAGGGCAAGAUAACCUCUGGCCAAACCGACUUGACAGGCGCCGUUGACCUUCGCGGGACGUGUGAGGACAUGUGCUCAUUGUAUGAGCGCGAGUUCCGCGAGUAUACGCGCGAAAUUCAUCCCUUUGAAGCCACCCCUCAGCGCCGAAUCGACCACUCCAAGGCUGUUGCAGCCUACACUCGGUCUGACGCUGGUGCCGGGCAUGGCACAGCCACCAUCCUCCCCUCGGAUCUGCGCACGCCCUCAGCCCUCGUCCGCUCCCUCGACUACCUCGUUGACGAGAUCAUGAGCCAGCAGCCUCCGCCAAAUCCCAAUGCAGUCAAUCCGCCAGCUCCUACUCCUCGACGCGCGCUAGGCUACUCCUCUGGCUUUAUUCGAGACCGCACCCGUGCUAUUCGCAAGGAGUUUUCUCUCCAGUCAAGUUGGGGUCAUGUCGAGGCUAUAGCGACGUUCGAGCGCAUCGCGCGAUGGCACAUCCUCUGCCUGCGCGAGCUCCAGGAGGAGACCGGCACCAACACCGACAUGCACAUCGACAACGCCGAACUGGGGCGCUGCUUUACCUCUUUGCGGCAGCAAUACAACGACCGGCGAGAAGAGACGGGUCUCGACAUGCCGUGCGCCAAUGAGCCCGAAUUCCGUGCCUACAUGCUCAUCUACGAUUUGGCAAGCAAGUCGGUGUCGAUCCCCAUUUCAGAGUUGCCCCAGGUCAUCCUCGACCACCCUCUCGUGCAGCUGGCCUGGAAGAUCCGGCAGGCCGCGCAGCGCAACUUUGACUCACAGAAAGAGGGCUCGAAACUCAACGCCGAACUCGGGGCCAACCUUAUCACUCGGUACAUCCGCCUGAUCAAGCAGGACCACGUACCGUACCUGAUGUCUUGCCUGGCCGAAGUUCGUCUCCGCGACAUGCGGCGGAGCGCAAUCCGAGCGCUAGUCCGCACAUAUCCAGGUCUCAAGAACGACGAGCCCAUCCGCCGCGACCAGAGCGGCGCCAUACUCGAGCGCAAGAUGGUGCUGAUGCCAACACUGGACCGUUUGUUGGGAGCUGAGGAGCAGGAAACUCUGGAGACGGCAUGGGACGAUAUUGAGCCCGUGUCACGACAUCCUGACGACGAGGCGAUCGCUGUCGUGCAGCGUUUCAACAUCAGAGUAUACCAGGAGAUGGGGGACCCUCGCCCCAUGGGCGCACUCAUCAACCUGCGAUCACCCUACAAUGACAACAAGGACGCACCCUUCACGAGACGGUGGAAGCUGAUUUCGGACAAGCAGCCCUCUUCAUAUGCCGAGGUUGUCAACGGUCGCGCGGGUGUUGGCAUCUCCGGUGGACCCGCUGCUCAGCCCGCAUCAGUCGCCCCUCCACCGCCUCCACAGCUUCAUACCCAACAGCGUGCGACUAUAAAGUCCGCUCCCACUCCCAAUGGCGCCGCGUGGCCCACUACCUCUGUCACUCCUCCAGUGCCCACCGGACCCACUGAGUCCGCGAGCGCCUUUGGCACAGGGCGGAGCGCUUUCGGUACUACCCCGGCCAGCGCCUUCGGGCCGAGCGCGAGCUCUUUCAGUGCCUUUGGGCCAAGCGCAGGCUCCGCUAGUGCUUUUGGGCCGGCUAAGAGCGCUUUCGGGACCCAAACGUCUGUGCCCUCCACGAGCGCCUUCGGCGCUGCCAAGAGUGCCGCGUCGAGCUCCAAUGCGCCAGCGCCAGCCAUCGACUUCAAGCCCAAACCGAGCUCGUUACAGGCAACUGCUCCCGCCUUCGAGCCGUCCAAGAGGGAAGAGACGAAGCCCGCGGCUCCAGCGGCCUCAGUCCUUUCAACGGUCAAGGCCGUUCCCGAGUGCUUCAAGCCUGUCGCCCCCUCAGACCCCGCAGCCGCUCCUACCACCGCCCCGGCCCCCAAGCCUGACUUUUUUGCGAAGACGGACAACGAGGGAACAGAGCCCAAACCCACGGCCCCACUCUUCAGCAAACCAAGCUUUUUCGACACCACGCCGAGGCCCACACCUCCACCAGAAUCUGGGCCAUCCAAGGCCGCCAUGCCUACUUUUUUCUCCUCAAGCACAGCGCCAGUGACAGGCACGGUAUUCUCGUCGACCUUGCCCAGCCCACGGCUGACCUCGCCACCUGAUGUCACUCCAACACGCACACCACCCGAGCCAGCGAUUCCCAGCAUCCAGGUCACACGCGCGUUCAUGCGCAAGCUGCCCUCGAUCUUGAGAGACGAGUUGAUCUCCGAAGUCGUCAAGGAACUCAUUAACGAUAACGAGGCGGCAUUACUUGAACUUGUGAACGAGCACGAGGCAGCAGCUGAACGGCAGCGCUCUAAAUUAGAGCGUGCAGGGCUGGUUAAGCAGCGGGCAAGACAGGUUUAUGACCAGCUUCUGGCCGAGCACGUCCAAUGCGAGCUGUUUGCUGAGUGGUUUUACGACAUGCGGGCACAGGUGUUCGCUUUCGCUAUCGCACGGAAGUGGUUGGCGUGGACGAGGAGAAGGGCAGAAAUACGUGCCAGCGCCGCGCGGCAGCGUGAGCAGGAUCGGCACCAACUCAAGAGCAUUGGCCUAGCAAGAUCGCACAGCUACGUCGACUGCGCCACUCACGCCACAUCCCGUUCACGCUCGGUUCGCUCUGGUGCGCCGUCUCUCAUAACGCUCCCUGAACAGGUCGAUGUGUCUCAGAACAAGUUUCACAAGCUGCAGGAAAUGCGCCGCAAGUUCUUCGACAGUGACUCUUCGCUUUUCAAGACCAUUGCCGGGCACGUGGCGCCGCUCAUCCAGCCCGCUCCCAACGAGGACACCUUGUGGGAAACUGUCCUGCUGACGGCGGGGCAGUCGGGUUCGCCAGCAGGCGAAAGCGCGUCUGCAUGGCUCACCUCGAAGCUCAUGACGCCAAGGCGCGGCUCGCGCGUCCAUGACGGUGUGUAUUAUCAGGCCGACGUCGGCUUCCGCUCAUGUGCGACCGACGUGCGCGGAUACUUCCCUGGCUCGUCGAACACGGGACUUUACGUCUUUGAGGCGCCGCUCAUCACUCUCAACACGGCCGCGAGAUCGCGAAACAUUGAUGAUGCGGGCGACAGGAUCGAGGCUGCGUCGAGCGCAAUCCAGCAGGGGUCGCGCUAUCGAGCAGGCCUGAUCAUCCUGACCUGGGAGCCCGAGACGCUCGAGGAAGUCGUCCAGCGCCUGGGUAUCGAGCACGACAUUGAGCCAUUCGAACACGUCGCCGCCGUGUCGAUACACAAUCCCGAGACAUUUGGCGCGCUCUUUGCCGCAGCGCUGCGAACUGUCGUUCCCUCCGACCCGCGCAAGUCGCAAGUUGUCGUUCCAUUGCAGCGCGUUGCAGACCGGACCGCGCAGGCGUACCAGGAGCUCCUGCAUGUCGCGGAGAACCUGUUCCGCGAGUUCCCCACGGAAUCGCGCCUGGUCGCCACGACGUUGAAGGCAGCGUGCGACCUCCUCUCCUCGCUUCCCAAUGCGAUUCAGGACCAGCUCGACGGGUUUGGCGAGGCCGACGAGUCGACGUACGUCCCCUUCGACUUUCCGCCGUACACGCCACCGGCGGAUACGAGCGCGGCGGGCGUAGCCGAGAGUCUACAGACAUACAUGGCUCAGCCUGAACUUGGCGCCGGCGUCGCGAUCGUGAGCGCCAAGCUGCGCGACGCGGUAGCGCACUCCCAGCCUCUGCCGUUGCGAGAAGCAUUCGACGCGCUCGGCACUUACGUCGCCGACAGCGUGCGCUACGCCACAUUAGGGCUGAAGCAGUGGUACGAUCCUCCACACCACCUGCAUGCCGCGCAGAGGGUGGAGGCGAGCAUCAUGGAGGACGUGCAAGCCGCCGCUGAGGCGGCGGUGCACGCCCUUGCGCAGGAAGGGUUGUGGGAGCGAGCGCGGGCGACCGCCCUCCCUCCCAGUCCGCCACUCACGCCGAGCACGGCCACGAGCGGGAUCAAGCGCGCGCGUGAAGAGGACGCCUACGAUCCCGUCAAGGCUAAAGCUGCGCGCCUUGCCGCGCUGAUAGCUGGUGCCAAGCAGGGGCUGAAGGCCAGCCAGGCGGUAGUGGGCGCGGCGGAGAACGGCAAGAAGUGGCGCUUUUAUUGAUAGCGGUGCAUGUAGAUUGUAACAGCAUAUGCAUGGGAGGACAUGGAGU